ACUCCACCAGCAGGUCUGCUUGCUUGUGUUUGGUGGAUCUGAAUCACCACUCACUCCCACCUGCUCGCCAUCUCCCCUUCUCUCUCUCCCUGCUGCCGUGCGGCUCCAGCUCCAGCUGCAGGCGCGGGAGAGGGGCCGCAUCGACCUCCCCAAUCCCCAUGGCCGCUACCAAGAUCCUUGACAGGCUCAAGGUGGGGGCUUCACCUCCAGCGCCCGGCGGCGCGCUCCCGCUCACCUUCUUCGACGUGCCGUGGCUCUUCACGGGCCCCGUGGAGCGCGUCUUCUUCUACCCCUACGCGCACACGGCGGACCACUUCGCCGCCCACCUCCUGCCGUCCCUCGUCUCCUCCCUCUCCGCCACGCUGCGCGCGUUCUACCCGCUGCUCGGCCGCGUCCGCCCGUGCCCGGACGGCGGCGGCGGGUACGAAUUCUUCUGCUCCGACGGCGGCGAGGCCGUCGAGCUCAUCGUCGCCGAGAGCUCCGACGACUUCGACGAGCUCUCCGCCGGCGGGCCGAGGGACGUCGCCCGGCUCUACGCGCUGGUGCCGCGGCUCCCGUCGCCCGGGGCCGACGGCUCCUUCGCCCUCGCGGCGGCGCAGGUCACCGUGUUCCCCGCCCGCGGGGUCGCCGUCGGCGUGUCCAUCCACCACGUGGCCUGCGACGACUCCAGCUACACGCACUUCAUCAGGACCUGGGCCGCCCAGUGCCGCGUGGCUAGCGGCGGCGCGGACGCGGUGCCGCCGCCGCCUUUCCUGGACCGUGGCGUGGUCGCCGACCCCGAGGGCCUCGCCGGCAGGACGCUCGACGAAAUGCGCCAGCUGGCAGGCAACGGCCCGCCUCCGCCUCCGCCGCCGGCGGCAGGCCCACAGCCGAAGCUUGUCAUCGCGUCGUUCGCGCUCACCCGCGACCGCAUCGACGCGCUGAAGCGGCGCGUGGCCGCCAAGGUCGCGGCGGACGGCGGCGGCACGGGCCGCGUCCACUGCUCGGCGUUCACGGUGGCGUGCGCGCUGGCGUGGGCCUGCCUGGCACGCGUGGGCGGCGGGGAGCGGCCCCGCGCGCACCUGCUGUUCUCGGUGGAGUGCCGGCGCCGCCUGGCGCCGCCGAUCCCGCAGGAGUACCUGGGCAACUGCCUCCGGCCGUGCUUCGUGGAGGUGGGCACGGGCGAGCUGCUGGGCGGCGACGGCGUGGCGGCUGCGGCCGCGGCGAUCGGCGCGGCCGUCGCGGCGCUCGACGGCGGCGUGCUGGAUGGGGCAGGCGGGUGGUUCCACAAGAUCCUGUCGCUGGUCCCGGAGCGCCCGAUGUCGGUGGGCGGGUCCCCGCGGUACGGUGUGUACGAGACUGACUUCGGGUUGGGCCGGCCGGCCAAGGUGGAGCUGGUGUCCAUCGACAAGACGCCCGGCACGGUGUCCCUGGCGGAGGCCCGCGACGCCGGGGUGGAGGUCGGCGUCGUGCUGCAGGAGGCCGAGAUGGCGCGCUUCGGCUCCUGCUUCGCCGAUGCACUGGAGGUGCUCUGUGACAGUGUGACUGAACUGAACUGAGCGGCAUCGACGAUGGCACCUCCAUUUUCGAGAAGCUGGUCAUCAGCUCGCGAUUACAUGUAAUGGAGCUCGCGAAAUUACACUACAUGAAGUGGUGUUUAAGGAGUAGUAUAAUAAGAAAAUAUAGGGAUAAGAGAGAUGAUCCGAAGUGUAUAUUUGAGGGAGGGAUGGGUAUAUUUUCAUAUUUGCGUGGAGUAAUCUCGUAUGCGAGAAUAUCAAUUGUGUGAUUGAUAAAAAAGAAGGGUUCAUUGAUUCGUGCUAUUAUAGUUUUUGAAGUUAUGAGAUUUGUUAUUAUAAUUAUCUAUUUUGAAAUUUGGCAUUACAA